GUAAAACACACACACACACACUCCAAAUUAUUUGCAAAGCAAGAAGAGAAGUUGCUUGUUUACCAACAUGGUUCUACACCAGACCAUGGAAUUUGGCAGAAUUCAAUUAAUUCACCAAUAACAUUACAAAGGAACUCCAGAUCAGGCAUUAAACAGGAUCCUGUUUAUCCAUGGCGGAACCCAGAGACUAUGUUGGAGACUUCCUAAGUGAAUUUAAGCAUGAAAUCGUUGUGCGAGCGAGACAAGUCAAUGACAUCACAGAGGCAGUCUUCUCCCAAAGUCUGAUCGAUGACAGGGCAGUUCCUCAAAUCCAGGCUGCUUCUACGGAGCAGGAGACAAUGAGGCUUCUUUUUCAGGCCUUGGAAAGAGCACCUUCUCAACAUAAAGUGCCCUUCCAUCUGAUACUUAGAAUGACGGAACCAGAGCUUAUUCAUGAGCUAGAACGGAGACAACGAAACAGCAAGCAUACUCAGACUGAAGAGGAUCUACCAUUGGGCAAGAUGAAAGAAGAAGACUGGAAGAGUGGACACAAGGUUGAAUUGGACACAAAGAAAUAUUCAUUGAUGAGAAGAAAACUGGAAAAAAUGGAACAGGAAAUAAAUCGCGAGAAGGAUAGACUCGAGCGAAUGAGAGUUGAGCUGGAAAGAGAAAGAAAUCUUCUGGCGGAUAAACAUAUUGAAAUUGUCAGAGAGAGACAGAACUGUGAAAACGUGCACGCUGAGGUUCAGAAAGCGAAACAGGAAAUUGAGAAGAGCAGGGAAAACUUAAAACUUGAGGCUGAUAGGCUAAACCAAUUGACAGCCGAGAUGCUGAAAGAGAAGGAACUCAUGGAGAACAGACGUAAAGAGACCCUUAGGGAAAGUCAGCUGUUUUACAGGAAGAAGGAAGAGUUGAAUAAAAACAUAGAAGCGAUGAGGAAUGAAAUAAAGCAAAUGCAAGACACGAAAACGAAAUUAACGAGACAGAUGCAGGACGCGGAGGCCAAACUGGAGAAGGCAGUGAAGGAAAUGCAUGAACUCAAUCAGCUGAAGAUGGACCUACAGAGACAGGACGAGGAAACCGAGAGCAAAAUCGUACAGAGCAACAUGAAAGAAAUCGAACGGCUGAAGGCUGAAAUACUAAAACAAAAGGAAGAAGUCGAGAACAAAAUGCAACUGGUGAAAACGGAGGCGGAAAAGGUGAGGCGGGUCAAAGAGGAGAUGCAACAGCAAAGGGAAGAAUUAGAAGCGAAAAUGCAGUGGGCGAAACGUGAGAUGGAAGAGAUGGAGAUUUUGAAAAAAGAGAUGGACAGGAAGAAAAAAGAUCUGGACCAAAAGAUGAAGCAGACCACCAGGAGAAAGGGCGAAAUAGACAGGAUGAGAAUGGAGAUAGAGAAAGAGAAAGAAGAAAUGGAACGCAAAAGGGAGGAAAUACAAAAGGCAAGAGAAGACUUUCAGAUUCGAAUCGAGGAAAACAGGAUCCAGACGGAAGAAAAAGAAGGGAUAAAUUCUAAGAUAGUUAACCUUAUUUACCAAAUUGAAAGAACCAGAGAAAUUGUGGGGGAUGCAACAUUCUAUAUGGAAAAAAAUACCUCAGAAAGCCAGCUGGGAGCAGUAGAAGUCAAUAAGAUGAAAGGUGAAAUGCAGAGACUCGUUGUGGAAAUCGAACACAUCCGAGAAAUGUUACAGUGUCUCAAAACCCAAAUGGAGCAAAGCAAGGAGGUGCUCAGGAAGGAGAAAGAGAGUUGCGAAUGUUGA